AUGAACGCCGUCCAUGCGUGCCCGCCGCCGCCGCCGCCCGACGGACCGGCGCUCGGAUCUCCAGCAGUCAUGGACGAGGCGGCGCAGGCGGCAGCAUCCUUGCCACGCUCCGUGAGCAUCGCCGGCGCCGGAGCCGGAGCCGGGUCCGAUCAGUCCCACCGCCCACCUCGGGGCGUCGACGCCAUCACCAUUUCAUCCUCUCCCGUCGAGGCCUUCCCGUCGCCGCCCAGGGCUCCCAACCCAUCUGCACCGUCGCCAAGGCGGAGCGCGCAGAAACCUCGGCCACUCCAGGUGAUUGCGAGCAACAAGCUGCCUAGCCAGCCCUCGUUCAACUUUGACAGCCGGCACGCUUCGCUGGGUGGCCGAGACGUCAAGCCUCGCUCGACAGCACAUCCCGAGCCACCUGGGACGAAUGAUGUUGACGGCGGCGACGACGAGUACGGGUCCGACCUCGAUGACGCCACCCUGGCCAGGCUCGUCGAACUCGAGGAGCAGACCACGCGGACCGCAACAGUCUCGCCGGCCCCUCCAGCAGCGCCCGAAGCAUCAACCAUCCGAUCGGCGCCGCUCAAGAUAUCCUCACCCUUGCGCGACCUCUUUCCAGCGGAACAGAUCAAGGCCGAGCCCGCGCUGCGAGCCAGCCCGCCCACAGCCGCCGCGGCAGCCGAGUCGAUCUCGCGGCGUGCCGAAUCGGAGGUCGACGAGCUGGACGAGCCCAGCGUGCUUUCGCAGGAGCAGAUGCUCGACUUUGUCAGUCGAGGGUGCACAGAGGAGGAAGCAGCAGCCCCAGCGACGGCGCAGCCAGGCACGGCUGGCUCCGCCGCCCCUGCCGCAGACCUCGAUUCGGGUAGCAUCAGCGAUCUACCGCUUUGCGCCACCUCGGGUCGGUCCUCCCGCGGCGCCCGGACGAGCAGGCAGAAGCUGCCGUUGAAGAAGAAGGCGACUAAGAGGGCAAAGACGGCCUCGCAGGGCAGGGUAGCCACCGUCAGCCGCGUGAGAGGCACAGUACAAGAGGUUGUUCUCGAAACUCGGGCUUCCAAGCGCAAGAAGGCGUCUACCCCGUUGGCCACGACAAAGACGAGGAAGACUGCUUCUUCGACGACUCCAGGCCCCGGUGCAGCAACUUCCUCGACCCUACCGGGCCCGGUCGCCUCGACACUCCCCACUGACGUGUACCCGACGCCGUCGGCCGCGCCGUCCGAUGGGCAUGGCCAGCUGCUGCUCUUGCACCCCGCGGCAGUGCAGGCCGACUGCCUGCGACCGGUCUUUGACGAGGUUCACGCCGCACUCGGCGAGCUGCAGCGACGAUCCGCCCAGCAGGUCCAGGUCUUGCAAGGCGAGAUUGCAAAGAGAGACCUAAUCAUCAGCCAGCUGGAGGACGAGCUGGCGCUGGCCCGAGGCGCUCGGCGCGCAUCGCGGUCCAGGAGCGUGUCUGGGACGACGUGA